UAACUCUUUCUUUUUCUUGCUCCUCGCUCCUGCUCAGAAUUCUUUUUCGCCAAAAACCAUUCUCAAAACCCUAGCUCCUGAUCAGGCCCAUGACAUCGUUUGCUCAACUCGAAUAUAGUUCAAAUUCAACUGUUAAUUUCUGAUCUCUGUCAUGACUGGGGGAUGCUCAGUGAGCCUGGAAUUUGUUUCUAAACUAGAAGCUCAGAGCUUGGCGGGUGGGUUGGAUGAGUUCUCGCCUUGAUGUUCAUGAAUCAAAUUCGCCGGAGCACACCGGCGAACUUAUUCUUGCACGUCCGGAAGAAGAAGCUGAAGAUGAUGCUCGCCGGAAAUCCGAAAAGGCUAGUGAUGUGUUGCCGACUGGAAAGCUUAGGAGCAUCCGAAUCUUAUUUACUGAUGCGGACGCGACGGAUUCGUCCUCGAGUGAUCGCGAAGAUGUUGACCAUAUUCGGAGGCAUGUGCGCGAGAUAGAAUUUAAAUCGGCUACUGUCAAUGGCAGGAUUCCGGCGAAAGAGCCACCGAAGGCGUCAUGGGUGCUGCCGAAAGAUUGUGCUCUGAAGAGAUUCAGAGGGGUUCGCCACCGUCCGUGGGGGAAAUGGGCGGCUGAAAUCCGUGAUCCGAACCAGAGGAAGAGGGUUUGGCUUGGAACUUUUAACUCGGCGGAGGAGGCUGCCACGGCUUACGACUCCGCCGCUGUUAGGCUUCAUGGAGAAAAGGCCGUGACGAACUUCCCGCACCAGAACCACUCGGUGCUGCCAGUUUCCCCUGCAAAGGAGAGCGCGGUUGGUGUUGAUUCUGCGGGUGAAGACCCAGUUGCAACCGCGGCUAUCUGUGAAGACAAAAGGCCACCCAGUGGGGUUUUGAAGAAACCAGACUGCUUGAGAUUUUGUUGUCUUGUUCCAACUGAUAGUGAGAGGACAGCAGUGGAGCGUGCUAGAUUGGAGCUGAAACAGGAGCCGAAACAGAAGCUGAAGAAGGGUUGUAAAGAGAAUAUCGUGGGCAUAAGAGAACAGUUUCUUCUGAAGAAAAGAACAGUGAGAGUAACUGGAGACACCGCCUCAAUCUUGAAAGCUCGGUGGCAGUCUCACUCUAAGAGUCCCUUUCGAACUUAAUGCAGGCAAUGCUGCUCGGUUCUAAGGAGUACAUUGUUUGGUUAACUCACGAGGAACUCAAUGAACGGAAACGAAGGAAACCUAAAGCUAGUAGCCAUCCAGUUAUCCGGUGGAAUACAGCCAACCUAGUUUUAGCUUAUCCGAGUCCUAAAUUGCAAUUUCUGUUUUGUAAAUGGCUUAUUUUGCUAUAUAGAUAUUAAGGCAUGUAAAUCUCUGACCUUCAAGUUCUGUAACUGGCUAUUGUUGCCUUUCACUAGGGUGAACUAUUGUUGUCUAUGCUUUCAUUUUGCAGGACCUUUAGGUGCUAACUUCUAAAAUAGAUGGAUAUGCUUAGGUCCUUCUUGUAAAUUUUUCUUUUUUUAAAAAUUACUGUUUCAAAGUUCUAUUAAAUGGUCAUGCUAAAUGAUUGAAGCAUUAAUGAGAGAUGCUUAUAAGCUC